GUAAUAAUAAGAUGAGAUUAUCGUUAAUAACCGAGUGAAUAUAAUCGUCGUCAUCAUCAUCAAAUUGAUAAAAUUUCCCGAGAAACAAUCGAUAUGAUUUGAUGGUGUUUCUCGGCUCUAACUACCAAACCAAAAGUGGUUGUUUUGGUUGGGUUAGCUGUCAGUGUCACUGAGCUGUGGUCCUGUGGAGUGGAGUGGAGCCUUAAUAUUAUCAAUGAAAUAAAAGCUUUAGUUUAAGAAGUAGUUAGUUGGCUAUAACUAAUCAUUCCAUUAAAGGGUUUUUUUGGGUUGCUCUGCAUUCUCACUCUGUGUCUUCCUAGAACCUCAGCUAAGCUAUGGAAGGUUCAACUCAAACUACAGGGAAGCCCAUUCGAUGCAAGGCUGCUAUUUGUCGAGAGCCUGGUCAGCCAUUAGUAAUUGAGGAAAUCUUUGUGGCGCCACCGAUGCCUCGUGAAGUUCGGAUUCGGAUUAUAUGUAGCUCACUCUGUCAAAGCGAUGUCACAUUUUGGAAAAUGAAGGAAUUUCCUGGAAUAUGUCCAAGAAUUCUGGGUCACGAAGCAGUAGGGGUUGUGGAGAGUGUUGGGGAAGAUGUGAAUGAAGUAGUUGAAGGAGAUAGAGUGAUCCCAACAUUUCUUUCAGAUUGUGGGGAGUGUUUCGACUGCAAAUCAAAGAAGAGUAACCUCUGUUCGAAUUUCCCCUUCAAGGUCUCACCUUGGAUGCCCAGAUAUGAGUCCACCAGAUUCACAGACCUCAAAGGAGACCCUUUGUACCAUUUUCUGUUUGUUUCAAGUUUUAGUGAGUAUACUGUGGUUGAUAUCUCCAAUCUUACAAAAAUUAGCUCUGAAAUCCCUCCAAACAGGUCCUGCCUCCUCAGUUGUGGGGUUUCAACAGGGGUGGGUGCUGCUUGGAGAACAGCUGAGGUGGAGGCAGGGUCUACUGUUGUAAUUUUUGGAUUGGGCUCAAUUGGUUUAGCUGUUGCAGAGGGGGCAAGACUGUGUGGAGCUGCCAGAAUUAUUGGUGUCGAUGUGAACCCUGAUAAAUUUGAACUUGGAAAGAAGUUUGGGGUGACAGACUUUGUUAAUGGAGCAAACUGUGGGGACAAGUCUUUGAGCCAGGUGAUCAUGAAGAUGACUGAUGGGGGUGCAGAUUAUUGUUUUGAGUGUGUUGGACUUGCAUCCUUGGUUCAAGAAGCUUAUGCUAGCUGCCGAAAGGGUUGGGGAAAGACAGUUGUGUUAGGUGUGGAUAAGCCAGGGUCAGAGGUGAGGCUUCCCUCAUUUGAUAUCCUACACACUGGGAAAUGCUUAUUGGGAGCCUUAUUUGGUGGACUCAAACCUAAAUCUGAUAUUCCUAUCCUUCUCAAGCGAUAUACAGACAAGGAACUUCAUCUGGAUGAGUUUGUGACACACGAGGUCAAGUUUGAAGAUAUCAACAAAGCUUUUGAUUUACUCAUUGAAGGUAGUUGUCUCAGGUGUGUGAUCUGGAUGGACAAAUGACUCCUAUACUAGCAACUACUUAGUUACUGCAUUUGAACUUCUUCCCAUUCUCAUUUAAAAAAAAUGAACACAUUCAUCAUUGAAAUAAUAAGGGUUUAUAAUUUUAUUGUCAAUGUAUGCACAACUAAAUUAUGAUAUGCAAGAAAUUAAGAGUACUUUACAAAAA